CUGUUGUGACAUCAGCAGCCCAGCUUGAAUGACAGUCUCGUCAAACCGGUGUUGGAGCCUGCAGCAUUCCCCUGCGCUCAGAUCGAGCUCUUGUUGGCUUACAGAGAUUUCUCCCCUUACUGGAAACUGCACACAUGAAAACAGAGAGCAGCUACUCGUGAAACAAAGCAAACCAGGAGAGAACCUGCAAAAUAACAACAAAAGGGGGGGAGGGACAAAAGUAAGGAUGAAGAAGAAUGGGAUCGAAAGUAAGUUAACAGGAAUGGAGGGCGAUCCAGACCUGCAGUUCCUCCUGCAAGGCGGAGACCUCCUCAAGGUCCUGUCCCCGUCCUGGAAGAAGACCCGUCAUCUAAAGCUCCAGGAGGACUGCAAGACCAUAUGGCGUGAAUCUAAGAAAACCUUCAAGUCGAGUCAGACCUUUCCAGUUGACAGCAUCGCAGCAGUUAGACUUGGCCGCCAAUCGGAGGGUUUGAAGAAGAACACAGAAGAGCAUGUGGAGGGCCGCUGUUUCACCAUCGUGUUUAAGGGCCGCCGAAAGAACCUGGACCUCAUAGCUAGCUCGGAGGAAGAGUCCGGGUGCUGGGUGAGGGGCCUGGAAAAACUGAUCUCCAGGCUAGACAACCUCUCCGCCAAUCAGGCUAAAGAUCAUUGGAUCUUCAGCUGCCUGAGCAAAGCAGACAAGAACAAAGAUAGUCAACUGAGUCAGCAAGAGAUGAAGAACUUCCUCCAGCUGCUCAACAUUGGGCUGGAUGAUGACUACGCAGAGAUGCUCUUCAAGAAAUGUGACAAAUCAGAAUCUGGAUACCUCGCCGGAGCGGAGAUUGAGCAUUUUUACAAUCUGCUGACCCAUCGGGAGGAGAUCGACGUCAUCUACGGGGAGUACGCCAAAACCACAGGCUUCAUGAAUGCCGGAAAUCUGGUGGAAUUCCUGACGAAGGAGCAGAGGGAGAAGGUGACCCUCGCCGACGCCCAGAAGAUCAUUGAGAAGUACGAGCCAGAUGAACAGGCCAAAGGGAAAAGUCUGCUGUCCAAAGAUGGCUUCCUCAUGUACCUCCACGAUCCAGAGGCCAUGGUCUUCAAUCCGGACCAUAAGAAGGUGUACCAGGACAUGCAGCAGCCCCUCAACCAUUAUUUCAUCUCCUCCUCACACAACACGUACCUCACGGAGGAUCAGCUGAAAGGACCCAGCAGCACCGAGGCCUACGUCAGAGCUCUGCUGAAGGGCUGCCGCUGUGUGGAGCUGGAUUGCUGGGAUGGAUCAGACAACGAGCCGGUGAUCUACCACGGUUACACUCUAACCUCAAAGAUCCUCUUCAAAGAUGCGAUCAAAACCAUCAAAGAAUAUGCUUUCAAGAAAUCUGACUACCCAGUAAUUCUCUCCUUGGAGAACCACUGUAGCGUGGAGCAACAGUCCGUCAUGGCCCAACACAUGAGCUCCAUCCUGGGGAGCGCGCUCGUCACCACUCCCCUGGGUGACGGCAUGCCCGCAAACUUCCCAUCGCCUGAGGAGCUGAAAGGGAAAUUCCUGAUUAAAGGAAAGAGAUUAAACAAACUGGAAGCCAGCUUCGCUGAUGUCACUGAGGAGGCUGACAACACUGAUGUGACCGAAGAAGAAGAUUCGAGUAACGAGGCAGACGACCAACCAGCGGAGAAGAGCAAGAAAAACCUGACACUAGCCAAAGAGCUGUCCGACAUGGUCAUCUACUGCAAGAGCGUCCACUUCAACGGCUUCGAAGACGCCAGGAAAAACCAGAGCUUUUACGAGAUAUCAUCGUUUAAAGAGGGGAAAGCCGUGAAACUGGCAGAGGAGUCAGCAAAUGCCUACAUCCGCCACAACGUGGAAAAACUGAGCCGCAUUUAUCCCGCAGGCUCAAGGACCGACUCUUCAAACUACAACCCAGUACCACUGUGGAACGCGGGCUGCCAAAUUGUCGCCCUGAACUUCCAGACGGCCUGCACAGAGUUGGACAUAAACCAGGGCAGAUUCCUGAUCAACGGCAAGGGCGGCUACGUUCUCAAACCGGCCUACAUGAGGGACGGUGCCACCGAGUUCGACCCCAUCACCCUGACCCGAGGAGACUGGCUGCAGCACAAGACACUGCAUGUCAUGGUUAUAUCAGGCCAGCAGCUCCCUAAAGUCAACCAGAAGAAAUCCUCCAUCGUGGACCCGCUGGUUAAAGUGCAGAUCUAUGGGGUGCCGGCUGAUGUUGCAGAGAAAGAGACCAGUGUUGUUGCGAACAAUGGUUUCAACCCAAGUUGGAAUGAGAACUUCCGGUUUGACGUGAACGUGCCAGAGCUGGCGCUGGUUCGCUUUCUCAUAGAGGACCACGACUCGACGUCUGACAACGAGUUCGUCGGACAGUACACACUUCCGUUCAACAGCCUCAAACUGGGAUACAGACACGUGCCUCUGCUCACCAGGAACGGAGACAAGCUCCCCUCAGCCGGACUCUUUGUGCACGUCAUGGUCCUGGAUGCUGAAUGAACCACCAGACUGCGUAUCGCCACCCCAAACCUCCGCCUGCGCCACUGCAACAAACGAACCUUGUUCACACAGCAACCAUGUUUUUAGAUUUUUAUUUAGUUUGUUUUAGAGGAAAGCUAACUCAUAGAUGGUAUUGUAGUAGUUUAAAAUUAGACUGCAGAAGUAAUAUGAGGAUUAUAGAUUCAUUGUCAGUCACGUUGCAGAUACAAUGGGUUUAACUAAUGCAUGUCCUCAAUUUUAAUCAGAAUAUAUUUUUUAAAUUAUUUUAUGUAGUUUAAAGAAAAACGGCCUAGAAACAGCAUGCUUUGUUUUCACCAAUAGAUUCAGCCAUUAAUGAUUUAGUUUUCAUGUGCAGGAAUCUGACUUUUUUCUUUAUCAUCAGUAAACACUUUGAAAGUGAAA